ACAUAUGACACACACUGAAUAUAACAGGCCUACAUGAUAAAGAGCAUGUAUGAUGUUAACACUGUAUUAAUAAUUCUCUCCACUGGCUUAUCUUGAGUCAUAUAGAUAUGUGAAUGACCAAUAUAUUCCUCUAUAAACUGAGCAAGAGGAGAUUGCCCACAAAUUUAAUCUUCCUGAACGUCAAGCGAAGGUGAACACAUUGAUUAAAACAAUGGAGAAUGAAGGAGAACAGAAAUACUGUAUCUGUCAAUCAACAGAUUGUACGUCUUUUAUGAUAGCAUGUGAUAAAUGUGAAGAAUGGUAUCAUGGUGUAUGUAUUGGUGUAACACAGAUUGAUGCUAAAUCUAUUAAAAAAUAUUAUUGUGAUGCAUGUAGAGGUAAAGAUCCAAGUUUAGAGAUUCGAUAUAAAAUCAAGAAGCCAUGGAAAGAGAAAGGUAAAAGUGACUCCAGUGAUAUAGAUAGAUCAGCUCGUGAUCCUCGACUUAGAGAAACCAAUAGUAAAGCGAAGAAAUCAAGUAGAAGAUGUGGUGAUUGUACAGCUUGUAAUAGAAAAGAAGAUUGUGGGAGAUGUGAUUAUUGUAAGGAUAUGAAGAAAUUUGGUGGUCCAAAUAAAAUGAGACAAAAAUGUAGAUUGAGACAGUGUGCUAAUUUUGGUCUGGCUAUACUUGGUCUUGGUCAAGGUCCCACUCCAAGUCCUGGUCCUGGUCCAAAAUUAAAAGAUGAUGAUUAUAACCCAGCAUUAUCUGAUGGAGAAAUUGAUGAUGAUUGGUCUGAAAAUAAUUAUAUACCAAAGAAAAAAGAAAAGAGAUCUAGUUCGAGUGAAACAAGUUCACCUCGUAAAUACCGUAAAAAAGAUAAAAGAAAAGAGAAACAUAAGAAAAAUCCAACAAAAUCUAAAACACAGAAAUCAGUAACAACCAGUAAGAAGAAGCGAUUUAAAGUAGAAGAACCAAUGGAAAUGGAAGAAGAAACACCAAAACAAUGUUAUGGACCUGGUUGUAAAGAAUGUGCCAGAUCAGGUUCUAAAUAUUGUUCUGAUGAAUGUGGACUGAAAUUAGCAAAAAGUCGUAUAUAUGAAAUGUUACCCAGUAGAAUACAGCAAUGGCAGAGCAGUUUAUGUGUAGCUGAAGAAAAGAAUAAAAAAUCUUUGGAAUCAAUUCGUCGAGAACAAUUGGUAGCGAAACAGAGACUAAAUGAUUUAGAUUUACGACAUAAAGAAUUAGAUUUGUUGAUUGAAAAGGCCAAACAUUUAAAAAUAGAUCCUAAUCAAGGUGGAGCUGAACCAGAAGAUGAUACCGAGAUAACAUUAUACUGUGUUACAUGUGGUAGUGAGAUUAAUCAGCGAGGUGCUUUAAGACACAUGGAAAAAUGUUUCUCUAAGUUCGAAUCACAGACAUCGUUUGGUUCUAUUUAUAAAACUAGAAUUGAGGGUAAUUCUAUGUUUUGUGAUUUCUGGAAUCCACAACAGAAGUUUUACUGUAAAAGAUUAAAAGUUCUCUGUCCAGAACAUACUAAAGAACCAAAGAUAGGACAGGAUGAAGUGUGUGGUUGUCCGUUAGUUGUUAAUGUAUUUGAUGAAACAGGUGAACUAUGUCGAGCUCCAAAACGUAAAUGUAUCAAACAUUAUUGUUGGGAGAAAUUACGGAGAGCAGAAGUAGAUAUGGAGAGAUUAAGACAGUGGAUGGCUUUGGAUGAUUUAUUUGAGAAAGAGCGCAAUAUUCGUUUAUCUAUGUCUAAUCGUAUGGGUGUCUUAGGUCUAAUGUUACAUCAGUCAGUAGACCAUGACCCUAUGACCCCAAUGACAGCUACACAAGUCAGUUGAAGAAUUUAUAUAAUUCUGGGAAAUAAGACAGAAGGAAUAUGUGUCAUUUGUGCUCUUCAAUGUCAAGCUGCAUUUAUAAUGUAUGUCAUCACUCUUAUUACUGUAAGACUGUCCAACAAGCAACUGUGGGGGGGGGGGGGCGCUCAGAAGGGAAAGUGUAACAUUUGGCUAAAGAGAUGAAAAAAUAGUCAUGUAUGAAAUUAUAUCUCCAAGUUAUCAGCAUGUUAUAAAAUUAUGUAAAAAUUUUGAAAGAUGGACAGAUAUAGGAAUAUGCCUGAAGAUCUUCAACAUAUACAUGUAAUAUUUUGGAAUUUUACCUGAAAUAUGUCAUAUUGUUGUUAAAGUAUGUGGAUGAGUAUGUGUGAUUAGAAAAAAUUUCUGACUAUUUUAGUUUAUUUAAAGAAAGUUUGGUUGUUGAAAAUUAUUUUAGAUGGAAAGUACUCUAUAUUGUUUAUUUGUUUAAGUGCUGUUCUAUUCAAGACUUGUUCUUUUUUAACAGAACAAUUCAUAAUGAAUCAUAGGAAACAAUGUAAUGAAAGCAUGUUUUUUCAGUUGGAAUAUUUUGCAAUUAAAUGUACCAAGGAUGUACAGUAAUUAUGUUAAUACAGUUGAUAUCUUGUUAUCAAAAUAAAAUGUAUGUACAUAUGACCUGAAAAA